AUGCCGGCGUACCUCUUACGGCUCGCCCGGCCCUCUCUCCUGCAGAGGAGCUGCAGCAGAGAGGCAGUCGCGCGCCUGACAACUGCAGCAGCAGCUGCCACCCCACAGGCCCCCGGGGGCUCCCCCCCCGUGGCUCCCCCUGCAGCUCAAGGCGGGAGCAUCCCUCUUUCCCCCCAAAAGCAAUCUUCCGCCUGCAUCCCCCCUGCGUUCACCUCCUUCGAGGCCAUGCUGAACGCUUGUGGAGGCUCCGAAGACACGGUCUACAAGCGCCUGAUCGAGCGAAGCAUUGCGGCUUACGGCGCCGAACGAGAAAGUGUGGAUAAACACCUGAUGCCGAUUCUUCAGAAAAAUAAGCUCGUUCUUUUCCUUGAAGGCACCGUAGAUAACCCCAAGUCUAUGCUGUCCAUGAAUGUGGUCAAGAUGCUCACGCAGCUGCAGAGCGUUCCUCUAGUGGCGGUGGAUGUCACCACGCAUGCCGCCAUCCUGGGUUUCGCUCUAACACAUGGGAAGAAGAGCCGGUGUCCACUGCUGUUUCUGGAUGGCGUCUGUCUCGGGUCUCAUGACACCCUUUUGCAGCUUUACCAAAGCGGCACCUUGGCAAAGCAGAUUGCCGGCAAGCUGCCACCUACGAGUCAGUACUUUGAAGGGGAGCUGCCCAUCGCGUUGUACUGA